CGCAACAUCAAUAGCUUUUCAGCUGUUUCGUGCAGACGAUGGUCCGGUACGCGGUGACACCCACACGCUCCACUCUCGUGAACUGUUUUUUUACGGAAACGGGUAUAUGUCGGGGUGAAAAAAUAAACGUCUCAAAAUACACAACAACAACAACAACAACAACAACAAUUAAAAUAAUAACAAUCACAACGAGUACGCUAGAAAAUAAAAAUACAUAUAUCCGCGAUGUUUUAUCGAAGAUGCGGUGGUCGUAUUAAUCUGAUAAACAACAAUUGCACGGCCCAGAGAAAUUUCUCAACAGACGAUUUUGAUUACGGACGUGUUUUGAGUGCCGAACCGCUCAACGAUGAUGAGAUUUUCGAAGUACGAAUCGACAAAAAGAUUGCCUCCAGUAGCGGCAGUGUAGAAAUUGGAAUAACAACCAACGACCCAGAGUCUAUGGAAUUGCCUCCAUGGGCAAUAAACCUUCGACCGGAUUCUUGGAUGAUGACCGGUUCAGGGGUCGUUCAUGAUUUGGAUCCUGUAACAGAUCCGUGUUAUGGAGCUCAUUCGACUUUGCUCGAAGAAGGAAACACACUUGGUGUAAUGAGAACGUCCAAUCAUGAACUGGUUUUUUUCAUCAACGGUGAAUCACAAGGUGUAGCAGCUACGAAUAUUCCAUCGCGAGUGUUUGCGGUUGUGGAUAUGUACGGUAAUAUCGUUCAAGUUACAAUAACGCGACCGAGACGAACGUUGGUUACGAACGAGCUGAAAGAUGAAAUUGAGAUAAACAAUGAUUUUCCAAUGGGCGAACCCUCGAAUUCCUCAUCAACGAAUGUAGUCGCCAAUCUGAAUGUCAAUCUUAACGUAAAUAUGAAUGUCAACCUACCAAAAAAUCCAAGUAUCGCUGCAAUCCGGGAGGAUCGAUUGAGGUUUCAUGAGAGGGUCGGCACUCUUGUUAAGUUGUCGAACAAUGCUAGAACCGCUGAGAGAAGGAGACCUCUUGAUGAAUUCAAUAACGGUGUGGUUAUGACUCACAGACCUCUGCGGGACAAUGAACUAUUUGAGAUCCGCAUAGACAGACUCGUUGAUAAAUGGUCCGGGAGUAUUGAAGUUGGCGUGACGAGUCACAGUCCAACGGCCCUGGAAUUUCCAGCUACGAUGACGAAUAUGCGAUCCGGUACAACAAUGAUGUCCGGAUGCGGAAUACUCACGAAUGGCAAGGGUAUACAGAGAGAAUACGGCGAAAUAAAUCUCGAUGAACUCAGGGAAGGAGACAGAGUAGGAAUGAUACGAAGAAGCAAUGGAAACCUUCAUUACUUAAUAAACGGUUUGGAUCAAGGUGUAGCUGCGAAAGUACCGGGUGGUGUUUACGGUGUCGUUGAACUUUACGGUAUGACAGUAAAAGUCACGAUAGUCGACCGGGACGAGAGGGAAGAACAAAAUUUGAUAACGAGACGAAACACGUUGCAUCUGCAAGGCCUCGAAGAAGUCGGAGAUGACGAGCCACUCGACAGACUGACUUUUCAUCCAUGUUGCGGUACACACGCUGAUGUUAUUAAUAAUGGAAGAACUGCCCAUCGGCCUAAUGCUAUGGACGAUUUCAACAACGGUGUAGUCUUGACGAUGAGGCCUCUGAGACCGAACGAGUUGUUUGAAGUGAGACUCGAUAAAAUUGUUACGAAAUGGGCUGGCUCGAUUGAAAUCGGUGUCACCACUCAUUCGCCAACCGAAUUAGAAUUUCCAUUCACGAUGACUAACGUGAGAUCGGGGACAUGGAUAAUGACAGGAAAUGGAGUGAUGCACAAUGGAACCACGAUAAUCGAGCAGUACGGUCAGAAUCUCGAUAGACUUCAGGUCGGUGAUCGCGUUGGCGUUAUGAGAAAGGAUAACGCGACAGUGCACUUUUUUGUGAAUGGGGCUGAUCAGGGAGCGGCUGCCGUCGGCGUUCCUGAGAGGGUUUACGGCGUCAUAGAUCUUUAUGGCCAGGCAACUCAAGCUUCUAUUGUCGACAAUUCCGAUUUUUACAGUCCUACUACAAACAAUUCCAGCUUUAGUAACACUACGUUGUAUAGUGAUUUACGUUUUCACCACGUACACGGGAAACACGCGAGAAUAACGAACAAUGGAUUGACGGCUUCGAGAAUACGGGCGCUCGGUGAAUUCAACGAAGCGAUAGUGAUAGCGAACAGAGCUCUACGAGACGGUGAAUUGUUCGAAGUGUCAAUCGAUAAAAUGGUUGGACGUUGGUCAGGUGCGAUAGAAGCUGGUGUGACAGCGAUAAGACCCGAUGAAUUGGAGUUUCCCUCGACCAUGACGGACAUCGAUCACGAUACUUGGAUGCUUUCGGGCUCAACUGUUAUGCGAGACGGCGUUACGUUGCGCAAUCAUUAUGCCUGUGACUUGGACAAACUGACCGAGGGCAAUAGAAUUGGCAUGAUGCGUUGUGCUGAUUCGAGUCUACAUUAUUAUCUCGAUGGCGUCGAUCAAGGAGCUGCAUGUACAGGAUUACCCCCUCACGUUUAUCCCGUCAUCGAUUUAUAUGCGCAAUGUGCUCAGGUAACAAUUAUUCUACCGGAACGAAGAGACACAAUGACACAACAGUACGUCCCAUCGGAAAACAGCAUGAGUCAACAACCAACAUCGGUCUUACAACCGCAGCCUCAGACCGAAAUAAUUCACAAGUUUCAUCAAUCCGCCGGUCUUUAUUUGCUAUUGAACAGCGACCGAUUUAUCGCGGCUCGAUGCAAAACGAGCAACAGCGCAAUUCUAGUGAGCGAACUCCCUCUCGAGAACAAUGAAUUAAUUGAGGUGUCGAUCGAAGAAAUUGCGCCUGAAUGGAGCGGCUCUUUGAGAGUUGGAGUUUUGAGCAACGAGACUGGCAACUGGUUUACCUCAAUGGGCCUUGUACCUGGAAUGACGAGCAUUCCAUCUGAAGCUUGGUACUUGACAGGAAACGAGGUACGUCACAAAGGCGACGUACUCUGCUCCAAUUAUUGCCCAAAUUUGGAUUGGCUCCGCGAGGACGAUAAAAUCGGUCUAAAACGUACCCACGAAGGGAAUCUCAAGUUCUACAUAAAUGGAGAAGAUAUGGGUGUCGCUGCAACCAAUGUCCCCGAAAUGGUACAUGCCAUCGUCGAGCUUUACGGCAGUAGUAUUGCCGUUUGUAUAACGAGCAGUAAACAACAGAGCUCAGUAAUAUCGCCAAACGCGAGUCUUCGGCUGCAGGACUCGCUUGAACUUCUGUUGGAUCCGAUGCCACCCACGAUUAGGAACGAUACCGGAGUUGAUACUUCGAUAGAUGGAUCUGAAGCGAAACUCCUGAACGAGAUUGCUCUCACACCUACACAACCGAUCAGCUCAUCCACCGGGGACAUAGACUGGGGUUAUGAAUUCCACGAGAAUCAUGGAAGGAAUGUAGAAUUGGAGAAAAAAACAACCGCUCGAAGAGUCGCGAGCUACAACCAAGGGGUUUUAAUGUCGAGCAGACCGUUGAUAAAAGGCAAAAUAUUUCAAGUGAAAGUUGAUAAAGUAACGGACCGUUGGGUGUCCGGUGUUUUGUGCGGAGUAACUUGUAUAUCGCCGGAAAAAGCGAGUUUCCCAUUGACUGCACUCGGUUUCAAGAAACACUCGUGGAUCAUAUGCAGCGAUUGGAUGUCUCACAACGGGACAAAGAUAAAGACGCGUUAUGGAGCGAAUUUAGAAAAUUUGCAAGCCGGCUGUACAGUUGGUCUGUUGAUCGACGAGGAAUCGCGUUUGCACCUGUAUAUAAAUGGGGUGGAUCAAGGAGUGGCAGCGACGGAUUUGCCAGCGUACGUGUACGCAGUGAUAGACCUUUACGGUCAGUGCGAACAGAUAUCGAUAGUGGGUCCAACGGUCGAAGCAACAUUUAUGAGCAACGAUGCAAUAAACAUGGCGAUAGCAGGCUCGCAGGAUCGCACCGAAGUUGAGAUCGAGGACGUUGAAAAUUCUCGUGAAAAAGCUGAUUUGGAAUGUCACGAGAAGGAAAACGUAGCUCCGACGAUACCGUCAUCUUUGAAUUUGAACGUACCGAGUCGAAGUAACGACGAUACCAACAUGGUUGGCCAAACGGAGAUAACGAACAGUCCGCAGACCUCCCACGGGUGUAAUAAUCUUCUGAACAACGUUUUACAGGGUAAAGCAAUGUCGAGCAGUAUACAAUCGGACAGUAACAAUUCCGACACCGGAUCGGAACUAAGCAGCGACCCAACGCGGGUGGGUCUGAUGAGUUGUUCCAAACUGAGGAAUCAACAUACCGCCGGAACGAUAAACGUCGCGAACGAUAGUAACACCAUGUCUAAUAACGAGGUGGAGAACGAGGAGAUACGCCGUAACGAAUGUACAAACGUAGAGAUAAACAAUGCAACGAAUAUCAAUAUUAGAAAUGGCUCUGUCGCAACGUCCAGCAAUAUGACUAAUCUUAAUACAGCUAUUAAUUCGACAAAUGCGAACAACGCGAUCAACGAGAGCAUCGCUUCGAACAGCCAAUUGAACAACAUGACAGCUUCGAACUCGAAUCCGAAUAAUUUGUCUACGAAUAUUCUCAAUAUAUCGCAGGAUAAUUCAUCACAGUGUCACAAUGUAGCGUCUAACAUCGUUAACAACAUGACCUCGAGCGUGCCGAACAAUAUGACCUCCAGCUUACCGAAUAACGUAUCGUCCAGCUCGCAAGAUACUCAAACCGGCUCCAACCGACAAUGUUCCAUUACGAACAAUUGUAACAGCAUCGUCGUCCUAGCACCCAAUCAGAACCUCCCCAGUCCAAGCCCGCAAAACAACGGAUCUUUGGUUGGAUCCCUGAGACUAAACUCGCUGCCGUCCACGCCCAUCGGUACUUCCACCGUACCAUCCAAAAAAUGUGAAUAUCUCAAAGCUUGCAUGAGAUUAAAAAAGUCACUCGUCCUACCCGAUGAAUUUUUCUCCCACGACGAAGUCAUCUGUUACUGCAACUCCUGCUAUAAACUCGAGGCUGAUAACGCUAUUUGUAAAAAAGGCGAACCGCCCGCCGAAUUCGCCGUUCCGGUCGGUUGGGCCAGAUUUCCGCUCAAACCUAGCAUCAAUGCUAAUCAGUAUCCUCAAAGCACCACUGACAAGUGGCACGUCGCUUUCUAUGGAACACGAUUGGAUUCUAUUAGGUGGAUCCUCGAUCGAGGGGAACUCUUGACGAAGGAGCAAUUGGAUACGAGCAAUUUAACAACGAUUAUAAACACCGAGGAUCAGAAUCCUCAAGUUGUUUUUUCACCAAACAUUAAGUAUGCGGCAUCCGUUGAAAGUACAAGGAAGUAUCCCUACAUCGAUACACAAUCGAACAGAAAAUUGAAUGCCUCGACAGCAUUUCAAUUGCUAGUGCGACCAGGCUCGUACACGAUGGGACCAGCGAAGGACGCGACGGAUUCUCAGUUGGAAACUACCGAGUGGGCGACAAAAGAAGGGGGAGCAACGGUUAUCGUCGCUCUUCUAAUAAGUCUCGACGAUUUUUAAAUACUCAAUGAUCGAAUAUCAUUUCUCUCAUCGUAUUAUGCAACUGGACUAAACGAAUCUCUGAGGAACGUCCUCAAAUCCAAUUGGAAAAAGCCUCAUUCACCCCGACUUCUAAAAAAAAUUAAAUAAUACCGAGCAGACACACAAGUAUAAUAUGUACGCUACAUAUACGUUCGGGACGUUCAAUGUCACAUUGAUCUUCUCGAAACCUGACUUUUUUCAGUUGUGCCAAUAUUUCGUAUGCUUCUCGGUACAGGAAAUGAGUACACACGCAGGGUCAGGCUUUCAGUAGUGUGAAAGUGACGUGAGCUGUCCCGUAAGCAUAUUCAUAAUUUCAUAUAAAUUUAUCUUUCACCACAAAUGAGUUUAAGAGAUCAGACCACUCGGAAGCAAAAAAAAUCGGGAGAUUUUAGACUACGUUUUUAACGAAAUUAUGGAAGCCGACUUCUCAGCUAGUGCUUAGUGAAACUAUGAAUGAACAAAAAAAAUUGCUGGCAACUGCAAACCUAAAUUUUUUAGAUUCUGAGAAAACAUGAUAACAUUUGUUACAUUUAGUCUCCUCCAAAUAUUCUCAUACAGAAUCGAAAGAAAUUAUGGUUUUUUUUUCUUGCUUGAAAACGUAGGCUGCGGAGCCUUCAGGAAAAAAUAUUGUUACAGGACGAAUGCUAGACCGUUUUAUUUCAUACGAAUUCUAGUAAAUUUUUUUCUUUCGACAAUAAUCGCGCUAUUCACGAAACGUCGACUCAUUCCAAAAUUUCAUGAAAAUGAAAUUGUUGAGAUACGCCGAUCCAUCUCGCUUCAAAGUGGCGUACGUCUUCAAUGAUAAAAACCAUGUUCGAAAUAAUGUAAAUUGCACACAUAAAAUUAAGGUUCUGCUUCGGUAAAGGAAAGAAAAUCAUUAGUCCUGAUAAAAAGCGCUUUCUCUCGUCGUCACAUAGCCGAGAUAAUUUAUCAAUUGCGAUAAAUGCUUUCACACAGGCGUAGUUUCGUAUUAAAGGUACGAGCAAUAAAAAACAGGUCAACGCAAAAUGUAAUCCGUGAGAGCUUUAAAAAUUCAGAGUUAAAAGUUCGCUUUGAACUUGAAAAACAUCAAACAGAACAAUAUCCAACGACUUUCUCAUAUUUUUGUAGUUGGAUAACAAAAUUUCGUCCUUAAUAUGUUUAUCGUUUCGCUGAAAAGAUCAAAAGAAAUGAAGGAACAAAAAAUGAGGAAGAAAAAAACACGAUUUUCAAUAUUGUAUAUAUACAAACGUCCUUUGCGAGAAAAAGAAAGAGAGCAAGUGAAAAAGAAAAACAAAAGAGAGAACGUUGUAAACGUACGGGAUUAUAAAUUUAUACGCAUUUUCUGUGAUACUUUUAUUACAGCGUGUAUGCAUCGUUUUAUGAUAAGAGCGUGGCAUGGCGUUGUACAUGUAUCUGUCCAAUGCUGUAUUUACGUACUUUGUGUAGGCAUGAUAUAACGUACAAUUCGAUUAUCUCUCGAUAUAUAUAUUUCUAUAUAUAUAUAUAUAUAUUUUUUCCACUUUUUAUGUUGCAUCUUCGUUGCACGUGGCGAUUGAUAUUCCUCGAAUCGCAAGAUUUCAUUUCGUAAAGAAAAGAUCAAACCCAUACACGGACUCGUUCAUUCCGUUUUUGUAAAUAUAAUUAUUUCUAGUCAUUAAAUUAACGUUAUACAUUGCCAAACAACGUCCUUGCCGUCGUACCUCGUGAAAAAAGACAGAAUGAGAUCACUGAUGUUAUGAUAAAAUUUGUUCCCCCGACGCUUGUGUUUUGUGGAGCCAGCACAUUCAGUUGCAGAGAAAACUCAAAGAUUUUCGGCACUGCAUUAUUUCGCGAUCGAAUUAAGUUUUUUAGCGUUUGCUGUGUUACUCGAAUCUGCGGUUACUAUUAACGCGAGUCAUUUCGUCUGAACUUCAUAACAGGAAUGAAAUAACGAAUGACGUAACUGCAGCUUCGUUUUUCGUCUGAUUCGAGAAUUUCGUUCUGCUGGCUUACGAAUUUAAGAAAAAUUUCAUUUUACGGAUAAAAAUUUUCGAUGACUCUUAUGUUUACGAGAAAGGCGUUAGCGAAAAGAGUGAAACGAUGAAAAAUACGAUUGAAUUGGUUUAUUCUCAAUGUCCAGAACGGUUCGUCGAGUGAUUGGCAAAGUGAUGUAUAUAGCGAGAAUUGGUGGAUUUUCAAGAAACCAUAAAAAGUAAAAAAACUGACGAAAUUGCAGAAAAUUAGCAAAAUAAUUGAUAACAAAAGAAACUCAAAUUCUGAAGUACUUCUGCCUACAUAUUAAUAGUCAAAUUCGAUGUGCUCAUUGAGCCAGACUCGAUAGUUUCCGUACUAAAUCAGAACGGCACACUUCGUAGCGUAUCUAGAAAUCGCAAAUUAUUCAGCACUCGAAUACUUGGCACUUUUUCGUCGAUAAAAUCAUCGCAGAACCUCUACGUUCCAUCGUAUCGAGAGGGUUUUUCGGUUCGAAGGAUCGAGGGAGGAACUGCGACUUAGGAACAUUGAAAUUUGUAAUUAGCAUGAAUUGGUGAAUCUGAGGGGAGCUUAAAAAUGGGUUAUUGAGGCCUGAUCAAAGGUGAUUGAUUAUUAUCAUUCGUCGUAUUCAUCGUAGCUCAGAAACGAUCGUUAAAUUAUACGCAAUUCGUACUCCAUCAUUAUCAUUAAUAUUAUUAUUGUUACGAAGUAUGACACGCGUUAUUUAUGAUUUACAUAGAAUUAUAGUGCGAGGUACAGUAAUGUACGACGUUGAAAAAUACAAACGGGCACAUCAAAAUAGCCGACGAGAUCUCCCUUCUGUAUAGCUCGUUUCAUUAGCUCGCUUUAUCGCGCGACACUCGCGUAAGCUCUUAACGUAAAAAUUGAAGUAACGAAUAAUUAAAUUAAAGCGAAAACGUCGAUUAACUACGACGGUGCACUAUAAAUUAAGGAAUAAAACAAAAAUCAUUGCAUUAAUCACA